UUUACUACCGCAAGGAGAAGAAAAGGGGAGAGAGAAAUACGAGCAGCAUCUUGCAGAAAAGAUGACAUUUAUUGGCUUACUUUUCUUCUGUACGCUGAUGAACAUCCUAACAGAUGCCCGAUCAAUCCAGGAUGGAGACGAUCUCUACCAGGAAUCUGUAGCCUUGCCAUACUGGCCCUUCUCAUCCAACGAUUUCUGGUCCUACGUGGAAUAUUUCCGGACCCUUGGAGCCUACAACAGGAUCGAAGAAAUGGCCAGAGCCUUCUUUGCCCAGUUCCCUUUUGGGAGUCACCUUGGCUAUCACGUGCCAAACCACGACCACUAA